CUUUUAUUUGCAUCAAUUUACAAACAAUCCUUUGCUAAACGUAAUUUCAAUAAGAAUUUCAGGAUUUUUGGUGUAAUUGGGAAUAAAUAGACCGCUAUUUACAGGUAAGAUUUAACUUAUUUUGAAAGUCAAAUACGCUGAAAUUAUUAAUUUACGGAACGAAAAGCGGCCAGGUUGAUGACGCGCAAUUAUUUCCAUAAAUCUCAUUCCUCGUUUAGACGUCUGUCUCCUAGAGAAAUUGUUUUUAGUAUCACUAGAUAAAACGCCUCAAAAGAAAGUACGCUGUCACUGUGAGAGUAAAUAUAAAUGUAAAUUUGUCGCGUAAUUUUAGCUGCUUGUCUUGUCCUCAGCCACCAAGGUUUAUGUCGACGAAACGAGACUGAGCGAUUAUGGAACCGACGAGGUCUUUGCCGCGGACAAGAAAGGUGCCUCUUAGAAACGGUAAAAUAACAAGAGAAACACUUAAUUUUCGAAGGGUAGCCAGGCAAGUUAUGCUCGCCAAUAUGUUUACGAGGAAAACGACAAAUGGUCACUGCAUGAAUUCGGCCUCGUCUUCCAAAAGCGCAGCUGUAUCCCAGGAUCAGGUGCCUCAUCGUUUGGUGACAAAGCGAGAACGAAAACACAGCAGUAAUAUGGCAGAAAUGCCACCGAUGAGGCGACCGGGAACUCCAGAACUGUUUCCGAUGUCUGAAGAAAUGAAACAAACUGUCAUCUCGCUAGGAAAACUGGAUCUUCUUCCCAGUGAAGUAAGAAAAGUCAGAGGGGAUUCUGUCGAUGAAGACUCGCGCGCUGAAAAAUCACGAGCAAGCUACAAAUUUCGCGAAAAAACAAGGCAGAGGAUAAUUCAUCCGCAAAGGUUCAUCCGAAAUGUUCGCUCGUCUCUGAUAAAUUCGAAACGCAUUCCCGAAAACACCGAAGAGAACUGCGAGGAGGAAGUUGACGAAAUCGCGAAGGACGAUAAAAACCAUACUAGUGAGGAUACAACAGAAGACAAAGCUAACUACAAUAAUUCCACCGAAGAAAGCGACGCUACGUUGAUUACAAGGAAAUCAAACUGCAAUAUUUUGUCGAGACCGCAAACUACAAACUUUCACUUAACUGCAAAAUCCACCAAAAAUCAACAUUAUUCUUUAAACAAUAACCGCCCCAUUUACGCGACAAGAUUCAGCGAUCUUGGACCACUUACAACCAGGAGACCUCUAAAAAUACACAGCCAAUGCGUAUGGCCAAAAAUUGCGUUUGACUCAACCCGAAUGCAGACUCGAGAAAAUUAUUUUACCAAGAAAGCAAGAAGAAACACAGAGAUGGGCAAAAGUUGGGUUGCUAACGAGAACUCUUCCGGGGCGAACGAGAAAAACAACGACGAAGCGUUAAAAACAAGGCGUUGGAAAAGUGUGGAAAGUCUAACGAGGGAAAUUGAAAUAAAAUGUCUUUCUUGGCUGGAAAAUCGCUACGGAUCCGGAAUGAUUCAGUGAUAUCAAAAAUCACAACGUCUUUAAAGUUAAAAGUAUCUAAAAACACAUGAAGAAAACGUUGGUACAAAACUGAACGAGUGAAUAGACUUUAACUACGGGUUAAAAUUAUAACGACUUAACUAUGAAAUACAAUUAUUGUGAAGAAAUGCAAAUUCAGGCCUUAAUCUUUUUUAUUCACAGUAAUUAUUUUUCUUUCUAUAAACGCCAUAAAUUGGUGCUUUAGUUCAAGAAACCAGCAACAAUAUAAUUUUAAAAAUUGGUCAAAGUAGUUUCUGUGUUUUUUUUUUUUUUUUUCGUGACCUAAGCGUGUAAAAAUGAGCAUUAAGCUAUAAAAAGAAAAAAGACGAAAAGCCCCAUGCAGAGGCGCAAAGGAAAACUUUAUCUUACAUUUUAAUAUUUCGUGUUGCAGCUGUGCCUUCGAUAAACUAAUUUAUGCACACAAAUAUUUCUUGAGCGUUUUCAGUUUGGAGCACAAUGUGCGGUUGUUGUCGGCAGCGAGACGCCAUUCUUGACACAAAGUAAUUAUGUUAUGACAGGGGAGAAAAAAAAUUAUCUCGGGAGUGUUUGAUGUUUUAGAUGACUUUUCACGUGAAAAACAAACUCUGCCAUUGAAUACAUUAUUUCGCAACGGGGAAUUUAGCUAAAGUUGGGUCGAGAUGCAAUAAAAAUUUGUGAAACCAACUGUAAUAUUAAAUCGUUCCAACAAUAGAAAUUUAUGGCAUAGCCGUUUUUCUCGGCCCCUCUAUCCAAAUUAGACCGCUCGAUAUUAGUAUUAAUUUGAAAUUAUUUUAGUUCACGCAAAGACAACGACCUAAUAAAAGUCGACAAGUUUACUGG